AUGCCAUCAAAAUUUAUCCGUUAUCGUUCCUUAAUACCAGUGGUUGAUCAAGAAUCAAUUAAGGAUAGCUAUUGUUGGAAUGCAUUUUUGGAAGAGAUACUGGUGAAGUUAGAUCGAUGUGGUGAUGUUAAUUCACGUUGUCCUGCUUAUGUUGUACCGGUGGAAUAUUUUUAUCAAGCACCAUUUGCGGAAUAUAUGAAGUAUAUUGAUACAAGUGUUAAGAUUGAAGUGGCAUUAUAUGGUGACUAUGGUUACAACUCUAAAUCCAUGAAGUUGUAUUGGUUUGCUCGUGUGAUGAAAGUUGCGGGUUAUCGUUUAUUGCUUCGAUACGAGGGAAUGGAUGAAAUAGGUGAUAACGCAUAUGAUUUUUGGGUUAAUAUUGGAUCUGAAGAUAUUAGACCCAUCGGUUACUGCGCAGAAAAAACUGAAACUCGAGCUUUGGUACCACCAGAAGUAAUUCAUAAAAGGCAGUCGAAUUGGCGGAAGUACAUCCUUUGCCAAAUACAUACUUACAGAACUAUCGCUAUCAACUGGCCGAAAAUACAAGUUGGAAAACUGAGUAUCCGUAAAUUUAAGAAAGGAGAUCAUGUGGAACUGCUGGAUUCAAUAGUUACUUUGAGAGUCCGUCCAGCGUGUGUGGAAAAAGUGAUUGGUACUCGAAUACAUGUGCGUGUAAGCCACAUGUUUCUUGAUCGAUCUACAGUUGAUGACAAUGACAGUCAGAUUACUGAAGGGGUUUGGAUGGAUCAAGAUUCGCCUCUAAUCUUUCCUGUUGGAUGGGCGCUAAAAGUUGGAUAUAAAUUGGAUGCAAAUGAUGAUUAUAUCAAUCAUGCAAAAGAAAUUUCAGUUGCUUUAAAAUUGGAAUCAGAUAAAAACCCAUAUGAAAAACGUGACACGAAGCCGUCUACGUUCAAAACAAAUAUUGAAGCAGAAGCUGAAGAAGAUAACAUUAAAUGGGAAAAAGGAAUGAAGCUGGAAGUAUUAGAUCCAUUGGGUACCUGGAAGGAAUUACGAGUAUCAACUGUUAUCGAAGUUAUGAAUAAUGGCUUCCUCAAAAUUGGUUUUGACGGUGAAAAAGCGGAAGAUGACUCGGUACCACUACAUUCCACUUCAGAGUUAUUGUUUCCUGUUGGUUAUGCGGAGAAAUAUGGCAUCAAAUUGAAGGGACCGAAAAAUACAGGAUUUUUUGAUUGGACUGCUUAUUUGAGACAAUCCAAUGCUAUUGCUGCACCUGAAGAGCUUUUCAAUAAAUUCAACGAUGAUGUUUUAAGCAAUUUCAAGGUUUCUUACAUCAGUGAUGUUGGAGAAUUAUGUUAUAACCACCUAGUUUUCAGCAUUUUCAAACAGUAUUAUAGAGGAUACGGAAGGGGACAAGAAGCGAAGAAUCUCAGAAGGCUGUAGUGAUGUGCUUCGGGGUUGUUUGUCGUUGAUUUUCGGGAUUUUUAGAAGUCCAUUUUUGUCGAAAUCCUUGUAAGUGUAUCUCAUAAUAAAAAGCUUAAUCCUUCUUAACUUUGCAAAGAUUGGAGCAAAACUGGAAGCGGCUGAUAUGUGUGAACCAUAUUUGAUAUGCCCAGCGACGAUAGCAGGUCACCACGGACGACUUCUACGAAUCGAGUAUGACGGAUGGGGUAGCAGCUUCAAUCAGCUGUUCGAUUAUAGAUCAGCUAACAUUUUUCCCCUCGGCUGGUGUGAAAUGCAUGGUUAUAAACUGGAAGCACCAAAGAUUCCAAAGAUUUCAAGGAUUUCACACGUACCGAAAAAGAAAAGAAAGAAAGAGUGCAAGGAUAAUUUUGAAACAGCUAAUUCCGGUUGAUCUCUUUUUUCCUGAUCUUUUACGUGGAA